AUGGCCCUGUCCCUGGGAGCCGAGAUGUGGGGGCCCGAGGCCUGGCUGCUGCUGCUGCUGCUGCUGGCGUCCUUUACAGGCCGGUGCCGCGCAGGCGAGCUGGAGACCUCAGACGUAGUGACCGUGGUGCUGGGCCAGGACGCCAAGCUGCCCUGCUUCUACCGAGGGGACCCGGGCGAGCAGGUGGGCCAGGUGGCGUGGGCGCGAGUGGAUGCGAGUGAGGGCGUCCGGGAGCUGGCACUGCUACACUCCAAAUAUGGGCUGCAUGUGAGUGAGGCCUACGAGGGUCGCGUGGAGCAGCCGGCGCCCCCACGGAGCCCGCUGGAUGGAGCGGUGCUGCUGCGCAACGCCGUGCAGGCGGAUGAGGGCGAGUAUGAGUGCCGCGUCAGCACCUUCCCUGCAGGCAGCUUCCAGGCACGGCUGCGGCUGCGCGUUCUGGUGCCUCCCCUUCCCUCACUGAACCCUGGUCCAGCGCUAGAAGAGGGCCAGGGCCUGACUCUGGCAGCCUCCUGCACAGCAGAGGGCAGCCCGGCCCCCAGCGUGACUUGGGACACGGAGGUCAAGGGCACGACGUCCAGUCGUUCCUUCAAGCACUCCCGCUCAGCAGCUGUCACUUCAGAGUUCCACCUGGUGCCCAGUCGCAGCAUGAACAGGCAGCCUCUUACCUGCGUGGUGUCCCAUCCUGGCCUGCUCCAGGACCAAAGGAUCACCCACAUCCUCCAUGUGGCCUUCCUUGCUGAGGCCUCCGUGAGGGGACUUGAGGACCAAAAGCAGUGGCAGGUGGGCAGAGAAGGAGCCACGCUCAAGUGCCUGAGUGAAGGACAGCCCCCGCCCACAUACAACUGGACACGGCUGGACGGGCCUCUGCCCAGUGGGGUUCGAGCAGAAGGGGACACCCUGGGCUUUCCCCCACUGACCACAGAGCACAGCGGCACCUAUGUCUGCCACGUCAGCAAUGCGCUCUCCUCUAGAGAUUCUCGGGUCACUGUGGAUGUUGUUGAUCCUCAGGAUUCCCACGGGAAGCAGUUGGACCUGGUGUCGGCCUCUGUGGUGGUGGUGGGCGUCAUCGCCGCACUCCUGUUCUGCCUCCUGGUGGUGGUGAUUGUGCUCAUGUCUCGAUACCAUCGGCGCAAGGCCCAGCAGAUGACCCAGAAAUAUGAGGAGGAGCUGACCCUAACCAGGGAAAACUCUAUCCGGAGACUGCACUCCCAUCACUCAGACCCCAGGAGCCAGAGUGAAGAGCCAGAGGGUCGCAGCUACUCCACGUUGACCACCGUGCGGGAGAUUGAAACGCAGACAGAGCUGCUGUCUCCAGGCUCUGGGCGGGCAGAUGAAGAGGAAGACCGGGAUGAAGGCAUCAAGCAGGCCAUGAAUCAUUUUGUUCAGGAGAAUGGGACCCUUCGGGCCAAGCCCACGGGCAAUGGCAUCUACAUCAACGGGCGCGGGCACCUGGUCUGACCCAGGCCUGCCUCCCUCCCUGGCUCCUUCUGCUGAUGUUAUGGAUUUCCGCUCACCUUGGGGAGGAGGGGACCCUCCCUAAACGUCCCAUUGCUUGAGGAAGCUGCUCCCCACCCCCAGUGACUGCUUGACCUUCUCCUCCAACCCUUCUGUUCGGCAGUGGGAGGGCUCCCUGGCCGAGUCCCUCCCGUGUGAGUGCAGGUCACUGCGUAUGUCUGUGGUGUGUGAGUGUCACUGGCUGUGUGUG